CCGAUUGCAAAACUACCUCUGUGAUUCUGGAACCAGAGAUCUAUAGCACGAAAUGGCAACCGAGACGGCAGCUGAAUUGACGGAGGCUCCUGCGGCACCGGUGGCCGAGACGGCGUCCAAACAGCCGCACAAGUUGGAGAGGAAAUGGGCGUUCUGGUUUGACAAUCAGUCAAAGCCUAAGCAAGGCGCCGCCUGGGGCAGCUCUAUGCGUAAGGUCUACACCUUCGACACCGUUGAAGAAUUCUGGUGCUUGUAUGAUCAGAUAUUUAGGCCCAGCCAAUUGCCUGCAAAUGCUGAUUUUCAUUUGUUUAAGGCUGGGGUUGAGCCAAAAUGGGAAGAUCCUGAGUGUGCCAAUGGAGGCAAGUGGACUGUCGGCAUCAGCAGGAAGCCAGCUCUUGACACCAUGUGGCUUGAAACUCUGAUGGCUUUGAUUGGGGAGCAAUUUGAUGAAGCAGAGGAGAUAUGUGGAGUGGUUGCCAGUGUGCGUCAGAGACAGGACAGACUUUCUUUGUGGACCAAAAAUGCAGCCAAUGAAGCGGCUCAGAUGAGCAUUGGGAGGAAGUGGAAAGAGGUCAUUGAUGUAACCGAUAAGCUAUCCUAUAGCUUCCAUGAUGAUUCUAAAAGGGAAAGGUCAGCUAAGAGCCGUUAUAGUGUGUGAACGAACAUCAGCAUAAUGCAGCAGCAGGGAUGCAAUGGCAUUUUGCUAUAGAGUAGGAACUGAAGAGCGCAUGCACUUAUAGCUAUCAUUUGUAGACAUUUCUCGAAAUUUUUUGACUUGCAACAUGUCUCGUGUAAUGAUGUUUUUGUUUUCCGAGUUUGGUUUAGAGUCUGAGUGUGUUGGCAAAACGUUUCACGAUGCAGAAUAACCACCCCCCCCACCCCCCCAUUCCCCUUGCAGAUAUCUUCAUAUUCAUCCUCCAUAGUAAACAUGAGCUUUUGUUUUCAAAUUACUUCCGAAAUUUGCAAAGAGAAGUGUUAUUGGUUGGUUUUUACUUCUUCCUAA